AAUGUCUUGGUGUGAUUUUCACAAUAAGAUCUAAAUAUCUCACUCACAUGUCUUUUCUGGUUACAGAGUCACAAUGGCAAAUUUCAUCCAGAACAUUCUCCCACCUCUCUUGCUGGUUUCGGUUCUAUUCCUGUCUGUCCCAGUAUGUCAUGGAGGAAAAAUCCUGGUGGUUCCAGUGGAAGGAAGCCAUUGGGUGAACAUGGACAUCCUGAUCAGAGCUCUACACAGCCAAGGACACUCCAUCACUGUGCUGCGAACCACCAAGAGCUGGUACGUCAAAGAGGAGUCAUCCUACUACAACUCAUUGACUGUGACAGUCUCUGAAGCUAUUGACGAGGAAUUCCUCAAGCCAAUAUUCAAGAAAUUGAUUGACAUAGAGAGGGGCAAGAGUUCUGCCAUGGCCUUCAUUAGUCUCCAACUUGAGCUGCUGGAUGUCAUGCCAAAGGCAGUUGAACACCAGUGUGAAAUCGCAGAGGCCAUGUUCGAGGACCAGGCCUUCAUGAGGAGACUGAAUGAAAGUCAGUUCGACCUGAUACUUACAGACCCUGCAUGGGGAGCUGGCAUAAUGUUGGCUUACCAUCUCCGCCUCCCCUUGGUGUACAAUGUUCGAUGGGUUGUAAUGUUUGAGGGACAUCUUACUCUGGCUCCAUCUCCUUUGUCCUACAUACCAGCAACAGGAUCAGGGCUCACAGACACAAUGACCUUCUCACAGAGGGUCAAAAGCAUGAUUUUCCAUUUGCUGUCAAAUGUGCAGUUCCAGCUUGUGAUGAAACCACUGUACCAAGCUGUCUGUGAUAAGUACCUGAGUCCCAAAAUUGAUUUUUAUGACCUCUUGCAGACAGCGGAUUUAUGGCUGAUGAGAGUGGACUUUGUGUUUGAGUUCCCCCGCCCCACCAUGCCCAAUGUGGUCUACAUGGGUGGCUUCCAGUGCAAGCCAGCAAAGCCUCUUCCUCAAGACCUGGAGGACUUUGUGCAGAGCUCUGGAGAACAUGGCGUUAUCAUCAUGUCUUUGGGGACAUUUGUCACUGAACCUCCGAGAGAAAUGACUGAAGAAAUAGCAGGUGUGUUUGCUGAACUGCCCCAGAAAGUAAUCUGGAGGUACAAAGGAGACAGGCCCUCAGCCCUGGGCAAUAACACCCUCCUGGUUGACUGGAUGCCCCAAAAUGACCUCCUGGGACACCCCAAAACCAAACUCUUUGUUGCCCAUGGAGGAACUAACGGGGUACAGGAAGCUAUUUAUCAUGGGGUUCCAGUGGUAGGAAUUCCUAUAUUCUUUGACCAGCAUGAUAACCUCCUUAGGCUGCAGAAACGAGGUGCUGCACAAGUCAUAACACUUGCCAUGCUAAACAAAGAUAGCUUCCUCCAGGCCUUGCAGGAGGUGCUCCAUGUGCCGUCCUACAGGGAGAACAUGCAGAGACUCUCCAGGCUGCACAGAGACCAGCCCAUGGAGCCCCUGGACCGCGCCCUCUUCUGGAUCGAGUUUGUCAUGAGACACAAAGGUGCUGCUCACCUGCGCACAGAGUCCUACAAGAUGCCCUGGUACUCCUACCACUCCCUGGAUGUGAUGAUGUUCUUGCUUGCUGUUUUGCUCCUGAUGUUGUUCAUGAUCCUUGCCUUCAUACGGUGCUCAUUACGUCUGUGUGGCAAAAGUAAAAGUAAAAAGGAUUAAAAAUUAUCUAAAAAAUACAGACAAGGUUUACAUUAUGAAGGACUGUAUCCUACAACAGUGUUUCCCAACCACUGUGCCGUGGAAAAUUCUUGGGGAUUUUUUUUGUGUGUGUGAAUUCAUCGUUAUUAUCAGCAAAUAAUGCCUGUCAUUUUCUAGUAGCCUAGUGUCUGCUGUUGACUGGCGUCCUAAGCAUGAAAUAAUUCCUUAUCACUAGGUGGCAGCAGGUAGCAAAUUGCAUUGAUGUAUCUUCAGUAGCCCUAACAAAAAACGUCCAUUAGCUGCUAGUCAAAACAAUCCUCCUGACGUGACUGAAAGUUAACUUUGCUAGCGCUGUUUCGUCAUUAAUUAGGUCAGAAAACCAAAAUCCUACCCUGAAGCAGAUUUGUGUUUUGCUUACAACCUUACUGAAAAGUUAAACGAGUGAGCACACAACGUAGGCCUAGUGUGUUGGUCCGCGUGCUUUCUAGUCGUGUGAGGAUGCCGAGACCCUUCAAGCCAGAAUACCGGUAUCCAACUGCUGGUAAGCAUAAUUAGCCCGGUUUUAGGGAAAGGGGGACAGCGAUUACCUCCUGCUACCUCGUGGGGAAACUUGCACUUUUGUCACAAACACCCCAGGCACAAUUUCCAAUCAGUUUUUAAUAAUAAUAUGACCGUAAUACAGUAUAUCUUGCAUUUGAAAACAUGAGAUUUCCGCUUUGACCGACCUCGUCCUUUUGCAGCGCUGUGAUUGUGGUCAAACAGCAUUUUAGGGCGGGCCUUAGCCAAGACGCAUAUGUUUCACAUUACAGUUUUUCUCGAUUGCUUACACACAAUUUUCAGAAUCAGUUCUCGAAUUCUCAAAACUCUACACGCAAAUCUCCAAACCUCACACACAACGGGCAAAACUCUUCACUACCUCUGAAAAAUGCACGUCUUGUCUCUAAACAAUGUACUCUCUUCUAAAAAGGUCAUUUUGUUCUCAAAUGACACACACAAGCAGUCAUUUUAAUACACUCUUAUGUGAACCAUUGAACACUAAUAUGCACAAGGUAAAACUCUAUACUCAACUUGACACACAGUAGAAACUUAUUUUCUUCAGUGUUCUACUUAAAGAGGGUUUUUUUCUGUAGUAAAAUACUGAAAUGUUGUUUUUAGACUUGGAGUACACAGAUGUGUGUAUAUUUUACAUAUUUUUCUGACAAUUUUAAAAAUGCACUAAUUUAUUGUAAAAUAUUGGGUAACCACAUGAAAGUGAUCUCCUGUAUAACAUUUUGGAGUUCAAAAACUAAACAAAUGUGUUUUCUCACUGCCUCCACUCAUGUUUUCAUCAAUAUCACAUGCAAUGUGUGUCCUUAUGGGGUGAUGGUAAACCGGUAUGAAGAGAGUCUGCCCAUGUGAUGAGGAAGUGAACAUAGUAUGGCAGUUGAAUUUAGUAUUUUGAAUGACAGUGUGUUCAAUGCGACAACCAGUGAUUUCCUUCAUGAAAAUUGUGUGUAGUCUAGAUAAUUGUGUGUUGUGGUUUGAAAAGAGUGUGUUUUAAAACUGAAAUAUGAGUGUAAAGAAGGAAUUGUGUUUAGUGUUCAGUGGUUAGGGGAGUUGGGAAAUGGGUUAGAUGUUCCGAGAAUUGGGUGUGAAGUACCAGAACUUGUGUGGAAGCAAUCGAGAAAAACUGUAAGAUUAAGUGAGUAAAAUAUACAGAGAUUGAUAUUUUUACAUAUGCAUCUUCAGUGAAAUAUUUCCCAAAUGUUGCUACUGUCAGAAUAACCAUUAUUUGCUGUAUUCCUGCUAAUAGAAUGCUUUUGGACAGAAUAACAAUUUGUAAAUUGUAGGCCUACUUUGAAGUUUACAGCUUCUUUAAGAAGUGAACAUUAAGUGCACUUUUUAUUUGAAAGAGGAAAUAUAAAAUAUGACUCAAAAAAUGCAGUUUUGUAUUUAUUUGAUUGCUAUUCAAGACACUUUGUAGCCGCCUAUAUUAAAAAUAUCUAGUCAUUCUUAUCAGAGAAUAAUUUGUUUUCAUUAUUUCAUCAUUUUUGGUUGGUGGUGUGCCGCAAGAUUUUUUUCAAGGGAAAAAGUGUGCCUUGGCACAAAAAAGGAAACACUGUCCUACAGCAUAUAGCCUGAUUAAGUAUUGACAUUAUGCAACCAGAUAAUUUUGCUGCAAUGUUUUCUUUAUACAAUUUCAGAACAAACAGGAAAAAUAGACUAUAUCCUUUAUGAUGCACCUGCACUGUGUCGUACUGCAUAAUGUGUGUAAAUUUCUUCAAAUAAAGAC